CUGCUAGCACACCCCCAUCACCGCCAGAAUCACCUUCGUCCAAGUCCGCGGAAUCGCAGAAACAGCAGCAACCGGGGAGUCUCGUCGCCGUCGUCGGUCCUUCAUCUCUCGUCCCCUCGCCAUCGUACAGCAAACAGGAUCCUGAGCAGCCACCGCCACCUUACACGGAAGCACUCUCACCGCUCGAUUCAUUCGUUUUCGCUAUGGCAGCCGCAGGAGGUUCCGGGUCGAUCAUUACGCAGGUGCAGCAAGGAGGGCCACCGCUCAACACGUUGGCAGAUGCACCAGGCACUGGAGAAGAGAACUUGACCUUGGACCUACGAGGUACCCCGUUCAUUCUGUCGCGCGACGAACUCCUGACGCUGCCCGAGUUUGUGUUGUUGUCGCUGUUCCCCAACGGUCUAUUCCCCGACGGACAGCAGAACUCGUAUCAUGACGAUGGAAUCUACAUAGUCGACUUCGAUCCGAAUUGCCUGAAAUUUAUGCUCGACUUCUUCCGGAAAGUCUCGUCGACGAUCACGGUGGCUUCGGCGGACGAGGACGAGGAGGUGAACCAAUUGCAAACGAGCCCUGCCAAUGUCCUGCAGGACCGUGCUGGUAUCAUUGUCCUGCGGGAAGACCUGGAUUUUUACGCGAUACCGCCGAAGCGCGACAUCUCGCGCCAGGAAAUGAUGGAGGUCAAGCGCGCUGCCGGGAGAGUCCUGCUCAAGCAGGAUGGUAUCUUUUCGGGGUUGAGGAGGACCGAUGAUACCGGCACUACUGAGCAACAUCUCAUCGAGAUGUUGACCGCUGGAGGAUUCAACGUCGACGAUACCUGGGGACACCGCGCCGGAGAGCCGAACAAGGCCGUGAUCUGUAGUCUGGCUCUGGCCAGGUUGAGAACCGACUCCAAGGACUCGAAUGACAGCAACGUGGUUGGAAUGGCGCAGAAGCUGCUGCUGUUUUGGAGGAAGCCCGCACGUCGAUGCUGGUGGGAAGGCCUCGAGCUCGAGGGCGUCGACGGCGUGGAUGGAAAGCUGAAAGUGUGGAUCCGUCGUGUCUGGACUCUCGAAAUGAGCGUCAUUGGCCUCCGUUAACAAGCAAGCGGACGUGAU